GUGUGUGCUCUGGACGAGGGGGUGCAUGGGUGAAACAUGGCCGCCGUAGACCCAUCCAAGUCUCCCAAACGACAGAAAACCUCUGCGGAGGAGGUGGAAACAUCUGGGGAGACGACGGAGGCGGUGGAGUCGGGAUGCGUUUCGGACCAGAAAGGCGAAACGGCGUGUGAUAAAACGUCGGGUAGCCCGGACGAUGAGCAGAGACCCAGUGUUGGAGGAGACGGCGCCUGUGCUGCCAGCCAUUCUGAGGUUACGGUCGAGUCCGGUGCUGGAGCCGACGACACAACGACAUGUAUUUCACCGGAGGACCUAACGUCGGCGGAAAAAAUGGCCGAGGCUUCGGGCGGCGAGCAGCCAGCUUUAAACUGGUCCGAAACAGAGGAGGACAAGGUGGAGGCGACAACACACGCGGAGGAAAACGACAAGCGUGACCUCAGCGACGUCGCCGAGGCUGCAGAAGAGGUGGAGCCGGACGCGCGCGUCGAGGAUGGCCCUGCUGCCGACGCACGGGAGCGCCACGAGAAGGAAAACUCGCACUGCGACGAGCGGAGCGCAGAGAAACCGCGUGCGGAGGACCUGGUCGACGAAGCGGACGGCGUGGUGGAGGACCUGCGCGAGGACGAUGAAGACGGAGAGCGGGGCGAGGGCGCGGGUUCCCCGACGAAACACAAAAAGUUCUGCCUGGUGUGCAAGGACUGCGGGAAGCGGUUCGACCGGCGCGAGACGUUCAACCUCCACCGGCACUUCCACGCGCACGAGGACGAGCUCACGCCCCUCACCUGCAAAGAAUGCGGCCUUACCUUUCAGCACCGCAGCAGCCUCAUCAAACACAGGAACGAACACAGGGAGAAGGAGGAGCAGCAGCAGCUCGUGACUCCGAAAAAGGAGGAGCAGGCGAUCGAGGAGGGUAGCUUCGAGUGUGCAGAAUGUAAGCGUGUCUUCGCCACAGUCCAUAAACUGAGGGAGCACAACUGCAGCAAUACAGAAGAAAAGCCUUAUCACUGCCCCCUGUGCCGCCAAGAGUUCCAGUUCAAGGUGUCCAUCACCAAGCACAUGAUGGCCCACUCCCAGGAGAGCACCUUAACAUGCCAAGAGUGCAGUCAGACUUUUCCCAACAGCAUGGCCCUGCGCUUCCACCAGAGAUGCCACACCGGACUCAAACCGUACGAAUGCCCGGAGUGCGGCAUGGUCUUCAAACACUACUCCGUCAUGGAGGACCACCGUCGCAAGCACACGGACAGCAGCCGCUCCCACCUGUGCAACAUCUGCGGUAAGACUUUCAAGUACAGCAGCCUCCUCCACCAACACCAGUACUUGCACACCGGCCAGAAGCCCUUCCGCUGCCCGGAGUGCGGCAAAAAAUUCGCGUUCGCCCAGAACAUGAAGGCCCACUGCCGCCAGCACAGACUGCGCGAAGCCAACUCCGUAGGUGAGCAGGCCGGCAAAGCGGCAGCCGUGUCCGCUCAGGGGGAGGGUGGAGCGCCGGGGAAAGAGAACUCGCGCCUGAGCGAGGAACCAAAACGCACUUUCGGCUGUCCUCUCUGUCCCCAGACUUACAGUUUUCCGGCGAACCUGAGAGCCCACAUGCUCAUUCACGAGGCCGAGUACGAGACGCAGGACCGAACCGCUCGACCCUCGAAGGAGAACAACAAGAACUGGGAAACGGGACACACCUGCCCGCACUGUCCGUCCGUCUAUCGCGAUGAAUCCAGUUUAAAUGUACAUAUGUUAAGUGUCCACAAGUCUGUUACGCAGUAUUUAGAAAAACUGACCACAAACACUAAACAGCAGUUUUCUUCAUAUAGCGGUGAUAAUGCACAGGGGAAGUGGAAAAGCGAAGCUCCGAGCGUUAAAUCGUACAAGUGUUCGGAGUGUGCGAAAACCUUCCGCCAUCGCUCAGUGUUAGAGUUGCAUAUGCGCAUACAUUCCAAGGACAAGCCGUACCAGUGCAAAGUGUGCGGCAAGGGCUUUAGGUUUGGUAGCUACUUACAGCAGCAUCUCAUCAUUCACACAGGCAAGAAGCCGUACAAGUGUCCGGACUGUGGGAAGGACUUUGCCUUCCUGCAGAACAUGAGAACUCAUCAGAAGCUGCAUCAGGAGAAACCGUUCCGCUGCAACAGCUGCCGCAAAGGCUACAGCGAUGAAACGCAGCUGCAGCACCACAUGCUGUCGCACAACGGCGACAAACCUCACAAGUGCGAGCUGUGUGACAAGAGCUUCGGCUUAGCGUAUCUGCUCCGCGAUCACAUGAACACGCACACGGGAGAGAGGCCUCAUCGCUGCGACGAGUGUCACAAGACCUUCUCUUGGUUCAGCAGCCUGCUGGUGCACCAGAAGAUCCACGCUCGCAAGCGUCAGGGUUUCAGCCAGUACAGCUCCUUGCCGAUCAGUGCGAGGAUCAGGGGAAGGGGAAGCAGGGGGAGAAGAGGAGGGAGGCCCGUGUGGGGCUGGUCUAAGCCUUCGGGAGGCUCGGGGAUGGGCGCGUCUCAGACGACGUCGUACCCGGUUCCCGCGCUGAGAGAGGCUGAGCUGCACAGAAGGGGAGGGCAGCCGUCGUCUUCCGUGGUCUCGUCGUGCGUGGACUUAGAGAGCGGCCAGCAGAAGGAGACGUGGCUGCCCGAGCUGCACCCUCAGCCGGUGCAGUGGAAAGUGGACGGCGGGGAGGUGAUGCCCGUCCCGUCGUCGCAGCAGCAGAUGCAGUUCGAGGGCCCAUCCCAGCACCAUCAGAGAAGUUCGAGCUGGACAGACAUCCCUCUGACGACGCAGUCGGGCGCCGCGGCGGUUCAGAGUUUAGGCUCGGCGCACACGAAGGAGAGCGUGUCGUCGGUUGUCGGCUCUCAGACGCCAUCCGUGCCAAAAAAGUCCAGCCCGUCGUCCGUUAACGAUCUAGCGCAGCACAGGCAGUACAAGCCUGUUACUUGGAGUGGCACGUCCACUUCCACGGUGAUAGCUUCCACGAGCUCCGUGCAGCACCAUUUUUCCGUCCCCACCUCUUACAUCGACGGCGCCGCCCUGUGGAGCGUCAGGCCCGCUCUGAUAACGACCUCACAGAACUCGCCGAACAAACUCGGCCAAGAGCUCCAGCUGCCAAGGUGGGCGGUGGCCCCGGUGUCGUCGCAAAAGGAGUCGUCCACACCUCCUAAGAAAGAGGACAGAGCGUGGGACAUGAGCAAACCUCAAGUAAUACCGUCGACUGUUAGCCAGCCAGAGAAGCCGUGGAAUGGCUGCGAACCGCAAAAAACGUGGGCUUCAGGCUUAGCCGGCGCACCUGCCUCAGCUCAAAUAGACCAAAGCAGUGCGAUGCCAAUAUCAACUUCUGCCUCUCAUGGGGUUGGCGGCACCUUGUGGGACAUUAAAACAGCAACAGGAAUUCCAAAGACUGUAAAUUCCACAGAUAAACUGGUGAACAGUCAAGACUUUCAGCAGCCACAAAAGCAGGUUUCACCCGGCUGGGCCAACAUACAGACGACAACGCAGAAGAUCCCCAUCUCCGUCCAAUACGAGCCACAUCGCUUCGGCCAAGGGAUGGGGACUUCGCUAUGGAGCUUCCAAAACAAUCCUGUCGGCCCUCAGACGCUGCUCGCCGGACAACUUAAACCGGGCAACGGACAGGAGCUGCAGCAACAACCAAUGGUAACGGGCACUCAAAUCAUCAUAAAUCAGCCUUCUCCUUUUUUCUCACCUCCGCUUGCUCCGCUCCCUCCUCUUGCUUUGCCUGGGCCUCAUCCCCUUCACUCUGUCGCAGUUGGUGCACUUCAAAGGCCUCCACACCCAAAUAUUUUUUUCACACCACAGGCGCUCAUGAGCGAGAGGCCACACGUGACCCAGACCCUGCCCCUACCUCAACUCGCCCCGCGGACAGAACCUAACAAACUCGGACCCCGUUUGCCUUUUGCCCCUGAACGGCUCCUCCAAUGCAUGAUAUGCGGGUGCUCUCUUCCUCGGGAGCUGGAUCUACAAAUGCAUUACUUGCAACAUGCACAAGGGGAGAUUUGACAUUUCUGUACUAGCGACAACACUUAGUUAUGUUUCUAUUAUUUUGAUUUUUCGGGAACCUCGUUUAUUUGAAACCCACUCGUGCGGUUUGACGGUUUAAGGGGACGGGCAUUAGAUUAGGGGAGAUGAAGAAACCUGAUUUAGUCUCCACACUUGAUGCACAUUUAAGCUCCAAAUUGGACUGCACAGAGUGUGUUUACAAGUGCCAUUAAACUGGUUUCACCAUAGUUUUGUCUUCUAGGGGCGCAGAUAAAUAAGGUUCCUCGGUCUACAUUUCAUUUAUAUCUAAUUGCAUUUAGAUUUAGAUAAUAUUAGUACUUUUUAUAGUUCUGUUCAUAUGUCCUGAACCAUUUGUACUGUGUUACUUCAUGUACAGUUUACUGUGUGCCUUUUUUCAGUACAGUCUGCAUGUCUGCUGUCUUGGUAUUCUAGGCCUAGUUUGUGCUUAAGGUUGACUCUCAACAGUGAGACCUCACUCCCUAAAAGCAGGUUUUUGCUUUUGGAGUAGAGAGGUGUUUGGGAGUGUUAUACUCAUAGAUUACAUUAAUGUCACAUAAGGAAAAGCUGUACAAACACAGUAUGAUCCCAAUAGGAAGCACUAGUAUCCACAGGCCCAGUUAUCAUAAUGGUAACUGGGUCAGGUCAAAAGUAUCUCUAAACGAAGUCUGACAGUAACAUGUAAUUCUGUAAAAUGAUCUCUGAUUUAUGGGAACAUGAAGAUUUGACAUCAUUACACAGGUAAUGAGGACACUGUUGUCAGAUAGUGAGUUUUAUAAUAAACUUGGAUUCAUGUGAUGUUUUGGCAUUAAUAUAUUCCCUCUUUUUUUUACACUGUAAGACAAACAUCAAGAACUGACAAUAUAAAUGAAUUCUUCGCUCCAGCUUGUCCAGUCAAAUUCAGCAAAUCCUCGUCUGCACACAUGAUAAUUAGAUGUUAAAAAACACUUCUGGUUUGCAGUAUUUACUACCUGCUGUGAACAUGAACAUAAAUGUAUUUUUGUGAAUAAUUAAUAAUUUGAUUCUGUAACUGUAGACUUAGCCGAGUUCAAAAUUUAAUUUCCUCCCCUUUGAAAAUGGGCAUUCGAUUAGUUUGAGUGGGCCAUUGACUUAGAGAGAAACUUUGUUAUUACUGUGAGGUAGACACUUGGUUGAUUUGUAAGAAUAAAAAACCUGUGCAUUUUAACAUUCACCGAUUCAACAACGUGCCCUUCUACCUCUCUCCAUUGUUUUAGCAUGGAAGAUUUUUUUUCCCAUGAUGUCUACGUACGUAUUGGAUUAAAUAAAAAACGCCCUUUGAUUAUAA